CAAACUUAUCCUGUCUACAACCGUUUAGAUUCUAAUGCGUGUGCUGGUCUGCAAGAACGACGGAUGCUUCGAGUUCGAGCCGGCGGAGUUGCAUCGGCUGGAACGAUGGAGUGACGUCAAGAUGGCACUAGCACACGCACUGUACAGCGAGGAAGAUCUCUUCGCUGUAAGCUCAGCAGACGACAUCGCUCUCUACACGUUUCCAGACGGUCUACCGGCUGAUGAAAGCGCAGACAAAAUGAAGAGUCUAGUGCAACUCGAUUCGCGCUUUGUGCUCGAUAUCUUCGGCAGUCCGUUCCGUCAACGCAGCGAUCUCCACAUCCAGACGGAUCACGAGAUCCGUGGCGUCCGUCGAGUCUCUUCAAUCCCACGUCGAGUUAGUGCAAUGCACCAAAAUGUACCCAUUUCACCACUAGGGAAUGCUACUCAUGGAGGUUUCAAUGAAGCCAACAUCGAAGGGUAUCAAGAGCCCUAUAUUCAUAUCGGAACAUGGAUACCUGUCAUGGUCAGAGAGAAAAAGGCUCCGAUACCGCUAAUGAAAAGUCCACCUGCUGAGUUCGAAGACGUUUUAGUGACGACGAACCGAGCGAGAGAGUAUAUCAACAAGUUCAGACGUGCAGGUCGACCUGUGACUAUUAUCAGCAUCCAAACAUGCACGUUGCCACUGGCUGCUGCUUGUCCUAGUGCCAUCUCGCAACAAGGUCCGCGGGUUUUGUAUGACGGCGUGUAUCAUUUAAACCCCGACGAGAUGCAACGAGGAUUCGUUCAGGUUGUGAGACUCUGGUUCAGCUUUGACUGCGAACAGACGAUCAGUGUGACGAAGGUGAACGGUGCAUUGGGGCUCAAGCCGCUGCGUCAACAGGACGGCUGGGUCGUAGUGCAAGCGCUUCCUGGCUCGCCGUGCUUCGAAGCAGGUAUGCGUCGAGACGAAGUGUAUCUAACUCACGUGAAUGGGGUGGACGUGUCUCCUCACUCGUUCCCUGCCGUCGGCACGGGAGCGCCACAGGGACAGACACCGCAUCAAAAGACUGGACAAGUUACCUGGCAAGACAGCGUCGUGCCGCUUGUAGACAAGUGCGAGACCUGCAUCUUCACUUUCUUCUAAGAUGGAUACAACUUCAACUUAGCCACCAAAAGUAGAUGGCUUCAGUGCAUGUUACACCCCAAGAAUAAAUUACCAGCUCUCUUGUCU